AUGUUUAAGCUAUUCAGAGAGACGUUCAGCUUCCGAUUUGACUUUGAUGAAAACUCUUCCACAAGUACCUCAUCUUCGAAUAACGGCGAUAUCGAAGUUCAAGUGGGCAGACUACCUAAUGCUGGUCUUGUUCAUGUCCCGCGCACCGCUCUCAGGACAUGUCGUGUACUACGCACAAGUCUUGUGCAUGGGUGCAGAAUCAAGAACACUGACGCUCUUGUCUUUGAAGUUAUCUUGGCACACUUCAACGUCAAUGGUUCGUUAGGACGGCUGCGACCAAAUAUACGAAAUCCAUUGACGCAACUUACUGGCGGCUGCGACAGAAUGCUCAAACUCGCCAAGGCAUGGCAUCUAGCGGACAUGCUCGACGACGUGCGGCUGCAGAACAAGCUGAUAGAUGUGUAUCGCAUUCUCUACCUUGAGCUACUCAAUGCAAACACCAGAGUACCUCUAGACUACGAGGCAUUCAUAUAUCUGGAAUCCCAUCUCGGUACCCAUACGAAGAUGGAGAAGUUUAUGAUAGACUUCUUCGCUGGACUAUCUCGGUAUACAGGCGAAUUCAGUGCUCAGGAACUCCUUCCGUUUCGACCCGACGUUUCACGAGCAUUAAAGGUGCGACGCGCGCAGCUGGUGGUACAGGGAAGUUUUGUCGAUCUGAUCGCUACCGGUAAUACUUGCUUUAACGUGAUCAAAUCGGACGCGACAACACACAGCUCCUUGCAAGUGACUAAGCCGACGAGACUUUCCUCAAGUGCGGGUCUCAACUCCUUACCAUUACGGCAUAGCCUCUCAACGUCUUCACUAUCGUCUUUGGUCUCCCUUCCAGUAUCAUCAACGACUGCGAUAUCGUCUGCGUCACCGACGUGUGAUCGCAGGCAUCAAAGGCGUUUGUCGCUAUUAGGAACUACGAGUAUAAAUGAACAACCAGAGGUCUGUUUAUCUGGUACAUUGGCUUCUAUCUUCCAGUCGGCAAUCGGUGCCACUUUGUGCCCUUGCCACACACGCUCGGUGUCUCUCACGACCCCAACAUCUAGCCGCGCACCAUUCAUGGCAAAAAAAGCCGUCCCCUUUCGUCAGCAGGUUCAUAUAGCUUCGGAAGACGAUUCCUCGGACGACGACAUAGCGUACGAUAUAUUUCCAUCAGGUCUGUAA